AUGACUAUGUGCAGUUUGUGGCAUCAAAGGCAGCUCAAGGUCGUUGAGAGCAAGUUAAGAAGGUGGCAUGCUGUAUGCAAAUUUCCAGCUGGAAUGACAAAAGAUGGGAUAGCUAUUAUCACUGAGACCGACACUGAAAAAGCGAAUGAAUGUUCGUGGGAAGUUUCUGUUACACAAAGGGCCCAUGAUGAUCUUUGGGAAAUUAGGAAGUGGGUGAGACGGCAUGUUUGUGAAUGUCAUCGUGUGAAUAGAGAAUAUGCUAACUUUUCAUCAGCGAUGAUUGCUCUGUGUAUACGACAUCAAGUACAAGAAGAUGUUGCUUUCAGGGCCUCGAACAUGAAAACCUAUAUUUAUGAAAGAUUCAACGUGGUAAUCAGUUACAAGAAGGCAUGGUAUGCACGAACAAAGGCUUUAGAGAUUGUCUUUGGUGGAUGGGAUGAAUCAUUCAAACAGUUACCAAGCUACAUGCUUGAACUGCAGUCACAGAAUCCAGGCACAAUUGUUGAGUGGAAGCACAACGAGCUGUUGAGUCACGGACAUAAAAAGGUGUUUAGUUAUGUUUUCUGGGAAUUUGGGGCUGCUAUACAUGCUUUUCAGCUGGCCCAACCGGUUUUAACAAUUGACGAGACUCACCUCCGAGGAAGAUUUAAAUGUAAAUUGCUUGUUGCUUGUGGUUUUGAUGCUAACAAAAAAUGCUUGCCUAUUGCAUAUGCUGUUGUUGAUGAGGAAACUGGCGACAGUUGGACAUGGUUCUUGAAACAUGUAAGAAUUCAUGUGGUGAAAUACCAGAGGGAGAUGUGCAUCAUAUCGGAUAAUCAUAAAGGAAUCUUCAAGGCUAUGGAUUCUGAUGAAUGA